AUGUUGCUUUUCCGCAAUUUAAAUCACAAUUUUCACAGGAAUCUUGCAUUAACAAAACUUGAAACGACGAAAAAUGUGAAAUUCAUUCGUUGUUUGUGCAGUUCUGUCGGUUGUCAUCACUUGCAAGAGAAAGAAAUUACUUCAGCAACAAAGCAUGAAAUCGAGCGUUUCUGGUCGUCAAAAGUCUCCAAAGGUGCAUUUGAUGAAAAUUCAUCAAAACCGAAAGCUUACAUCUUGUCAAUGUUCCCAUAUCCAUCGGGAGCCCUUCACAUGGGUCACGUUCGAGUUUACACAAUCAGCGAUGCCAUGGCUCGUUUCUACAAAAUGAAUGGCCGCAACGUGAUCCACCCCAUGGGUUGGGAUGCUUUUGGCUUACCAGCCGAGAAUGCUGCAAUUCAACGGAAAAUUCCCGCUGAUACUUGGACCAAGCAAAAUAUCGAUCACAUGCGACAACAACUGAAGGAACUUGGAUGCGCCUUCGAUUGGGACCGAGAAUUCGCGACUUGCGAUCCGGAAUAUUACAAAUGGACGCAAAAAUUGUUCUUGAUGUUGCACCGCGAAGGAUUGGCGUAUCAGAAGGAAGCUCUCGUGAAUUGGGAUCCCGUUGACAAGACAGUGUUGGCGGAUGAGCAAGUCGAUGCGAAUGGAUGUUCAUGGCGAUCUGGCGCAAAAGUUGAAAAAAAGUUGUUGAAACAGUGGUUUGUGAAAACGACACAAUUUGCGAAUAAUUUACUAAAAGGAUUAGAUGAUCCGAUCUUGGAAGACUGGCGAGACAUCAUAAAAUUACAGCAACAUUGGAUCGGGGAGUGUGACGGCUACGGAUUUGAAUUCCCUGUUGAAGGAUAUGAGACGAAAAUUAACGUUUGGACUCGAGAUCCAACAAAUUUGACGAAUGUAAACUUCAUCGCUCUCAAUCCGGAGCAUGUUUUAGUGAAAAGUCUCAAACUGGAAGAAGGAUUGACCAAGUUACGAGCCAAAAAUCCAUUCACUGAUGAAGAAAUCCCUUUAAUUGUUACAGAAAAUGUUCCUUAUCCCGAUAAAUGUGAUACGUACUUAGGCGUUAAUAGUCCGGAAGAUCAAGAAAUUUCAAAAAAAUAUGGAAUUCAACCAAUUUCAGACACAAAAAAUAAUUUAACAGCCGAAGAAAUUCUCCAAAAAGCACAAAAAACUAAAAUCGGUGGCCAUUUAGUGAGUUCCAAACUGAAAGAUUGGCUUAUCUCACGUCAACGCUUCUGGGGAACUCCCAUUCCUGUUGUUCAUUGUUCCAAUUGUGGUGCUGUGCCUGUUCCCGAAGAAGAUUUGCCCGUAGAACUUCCAACGAAAGAUAAAUCCAUGGUUGGUAUUCCUUUAAGUCAAAACAAAAAAUGGCUGGAGACGAAAUGUCCCAAUUGCCAAUCGCCCGCUACACGAGAAACUGACACCAUGGAUACUUUUGUCGAUAGUUCUUGGUAUUUCCUGCGGUUUCUGGACCCAAAAAACACAAAAGAAAUUUUCGACGAAAAAAUUGCCAAGAAAUUCAUGCCAGUUGAUCUGUAUGUCGGCGGAAAGGAACAUGCUGUGUUGCAUAUGUACUACGCGCGGUUCGUUAAUCACUUCCUCCACUCAAAAGGACUCGUGCCACAUCCAGAACCCUUCAAACGACUUCUCGUUCAAGGCAUGGUGAUGGGACAAAGUUAUCGUGUCAAAGGAACGGGAAAAUAUUUACGCGAAGACGAAGUUGAAAUAAUCGACGCUAAAAAGGGAAAAGCCGUAGAAAAAGCUACGCAAGCUCCGGUCAUCAUGGAAUGGGAAAAAAUGUCAAAAUCCAAAUUUAACGGUGUCGAUCCAGCUGAAAUGAUCAAAGAACUUGGAUGUGAUUCGCUUCGUCUCAUCAUGUUAGCUGAUGUUUCGCCAACGUCACAUCGGAAUUGGUCGUCUGCCACUUUUAAUGGGGUUCUUUUCUGGCAAAAUCGUAUCUGGAUGACAAUUAACGAAUUUGUUCGCUUACGCAAGGAACACGGACAUAAACCAGUCGCUGACAUGAAAGAAUUAGAAGAACACGACGCUCGAUUGCUGGACUCUGUGAACUUCCAUGUCGCUAACGUAACUUUCACGUACCGUUAUACGCAUCAACUUAGCGUUGGAAUAUCAAGAAUGCAGUCAUUUACGAACGCAAUUAGAAAAACCACGGAAACUGCCAUCAUCCAUAGUCCCCAUUACGAGAGAUCUCUCGCAGCAUUACUUACGAUGAUUGCCCCAAUGGCUCCACAUUUUACUUCGGAAUUGUGGUCGCGAUUUAUUUCCGCGCCACAUAUGAAAUUUCCACAAAAUUGGUCGAAAUCUGUGUUGGAACAAACGUGGCCCGAAGUUGAUGCGGAUCAUGAAUUGACUUGUGCUGUGAAAAUUAAUUGCAUUGAAGCGGUUACUUAUAAAUUUCCAAGAACUGAAUUAGAUCAGCUGAAACACGAGGAAGUGUUGAAAAGGGCGAUGAAAGAAAAUGCUGUGUUAGAAUUGAUUUCGAAUAUUAAUAUUCAGUCGACACGUUUGGAUCUUUAUCCAGGAUGUCAUGCCGUUCUUCACAUUUUCUUGGAUCAACCGAUAAAAGCACCGAAAAAGGAGAAGAAAGGCAAGAAAAAAGUCGCUCAAAGUAAUUAAGUUUUAAAAAAUUGAGUUUUAGGAUAAAAAAAAUUAUUUAAAAAAAAUAAAUUUUAAAAAUUAAUAAAAAUUGCGCUAUCAAUAUUAAAAGAUUUUUU